AUGGGAAUCCCGUACUCCCGCGAAAUAAACGCCGCCUUCGAGCAAGUCACCCCCCUCGUAGCCGCGGGCUUCGAAGUCCUCGAAACCACCAAGAACAUCGCCCUCGCCCUCUUCUUCAUCCAAAUCUUCACAGCCAUCACCUUGACCUUCAUCCUCUUGGCGCUGAUAGGACUACUGUACACGCUGAAUCCGGACCUGGAGCAUGAGCGGAAAGUCUUCGUGACGCCGACGAUGAAGUGGAUGGCGAGUUGGUGGUUGGGGAAGCAUGGGGCGCCGAAGAGUGUGGCGGCGGGGUUGGUUGCGGUGUUUGCUUUGGCCGGGUUUGGCUUCCUAGGCUGGGUAUACUACAAGCGCCAAGUCGAAGAUGCAACCGUCGAGAAUCAUGUCCCAGCAAAGGGCGAGGAGGGACCAGAGCUGAAGAAAGGCAAGGACGUAGAGAAUGUGAAGAAAGGCGAUACUAAGCAGUAA